AUCAUUUUUUACUAUUUUCUCCACUCUGUUCGAAAGAAUAAUCAAGGUUAUUAAGUUACUACUGAGAAUUCAAUCUCAGGAUAAAUUAAUUUCGGAUUAAGAAGAUCAAGAAACCCAAAAAUAGAAUAAAAUGGGAGUUUCAGAUUAUGUAAUGAAUUUGGCAGAGGGCAGGGGCCAAGUGGUUCCCAUGACAGUGUUCGUAGCUGUCUUAUGUUUGUGUUUAGUCAUCGGACACUUGCUUCAGGAAAAUCGCUGGGUUAAUGAAUCCAUUACUGCCAUUUUCGUCGGAUGCUUGGCUGGGACGAUUAUCUUGCUGAUAAGCAAAGGGAAAAGCUCUCACAUUCUCAGAUUUGAUGAAGAGCUCUUCUUUAUCUAUCUCCUUCCUCCUAUCAUUUUUAAUGCUGGAUUCCAGGUCAAGAAGAAGCAGUUCUUCCACAACUUCUUCACCAUUAUGCUGUUUGGAGUUGUUGGAGUUUUCAUAUCAUCCUCUAUUAUCUCUGCUGGAUGCUGGUGGCUCUUCCCUGAAUAUGGUUUUACUGGAUUGACUACUAAAGAUUACCUCGGUCUUGGAACCAUUUUCUCAUCAACUGAUACAGUCUGCACAUUACAGGUUCUGCAUCAAGAUGAUACUCCUUUGUUGUACAGCUUAGUGUUCGGUGAAGGGGUAGUGAAUGAUGCAACAUCAGUUGUCCUCUUUAAUGCAAUUCAAAAGCUUGAUGUUGAAAAAUUCCAUGGCUGGCAAGCCUUGCACAUUGUAGUCGAUUUUCUAUAUUUGUUCUCCACAAGCACUGCACUUGGAGUAGCAGCUGGGCUUAUAACAGCUUAUAUACUGAAGGGAUUGUACUUUGGCAGACAUUGCACUGUUCGGGAAAUUGCUCUUAUAGGGUUGAUGGCUUAUCUAUCUUACAUUUUGGCAGAGCUGUUUGAGCUCAGUGGGAUUUUGACUGUCUUCUUUUGUGGGAUUUUCAUGUCUCACUAUGCUUGGCAUAACACGACUGAGAGUUCAAAAAUUACAACGAGGCAUGUGUUUGCGACGCUGUCUUUUAUUGCAGAGACAUUCAUAUUCUUAUAUGUAGGGAUGGAUGCACUUGACAUUGAGAAGUGGAAAGUAAGCAAAUUGAGUGUUUGGCGUUCUCUUAUCAUUUAUAGCACUGUGAUGCUCCUUGUACUUGUUGGUCGUGCUGCUUUCGUCUUUCCUUUGUCUGCAUUUUCCAAUUAUGUGCACCGGAAUGCCCGGAACUCAUCGACAAUAACAUUCAAGCAUCAAGUUAUCAUUUGGUGGGCUGGACUUAUGAGGGGAGCUGUUUCUAUAGCUCUGGCAUUCAAACAGUUCACUCACUCAGGUGUGACAUGGGAUCCAGUCAAUGCCGCAAUGGUGGGUACGACCCUAAUUGUGGUGCUCUUCAGUACAAUUGUAUUUGGCUUCUUAACAAAGCCACUUGUGAGCUAUCUGCUUCCUCCAAGUUCUAAUAUCAGUGAUAUCAACCGCGAACCGAGCAUUUCCAAGGAUGUGAAGCUUCCUCUGCUCUCUUUUGAAGAAUCUGCCGCGACAAAUGUUUCACGGGCGAAAGAUAGUUUGUCGAUGCUUAUAGAAAGGCCUGUCUUCACUAUUCAUCACUACUGGAGAAGAUUCGACGAUGCGUACAUGAGACCGAUAUUUGGAGGCCCCCGGAGCAAUGAAUCUCAAUGACAACGGUGGUGAUCCCUAAACUACUACUUACAGAUGACUGUGGUUUGUACAUUUUGUUCAUUGGUGCUGGGAUUUACGCAAAAAUGGAAUGAGACCCGGCCUUAUCAGGCACACGGCAGCUUUUUACGUGACAAUAUCCUGGUGAAAGACACAGAUGACCUUUAGUUGGUUUAGAAAGAAAUUUUCUGUUUCUAGUAGAAAGUGCAUUACGCCAAUAAUUAAGAAAGAAAUCACUUAAUUUCAAAAACUAUCGAUUAACCUAGUCAACAAUUUGCAAUUGACAAUCGCACUGUUCUUCCACCGAGAUGGUCGACCUAAAAAGCAUUUAGGAAAGGUCGAUUAUCAAUCUGAUUUUUCCUUUUCCUUGGGAAUAUGGUUGCAAAAAUGUAAUGGACUUCGGAAAGCCUACAAUAUCAAUAAGCGUCAAG